UGACUACAGUAAAUACUAAAUACUACAGUGGGUACUAUUCCCAUCCUCCCCAUUCUGCCGACAUUCCGUGAAAGCAGCAUAUGAGAACUCUUCUGAAACCUCUGGCUGGAGAACCACUAUGCAAAUACAUAGAGCAGCUUAUGUUUUGGAUUUGUUUGUUGACUUUAGCAGGAUGCGACCUCGCCCAAAGCUGUGAAAAGGUGUGGGAGAGGAUAAAUGAGAGGAAACACACGCAGAACCGCUCGGAUCUAUCUGUAAUUCUCGCUAGCAGGACAGCGGUGGCACAAAGAGUCUUGACCAGGCCAACCAACAACACAAGUGUAGUGGACAAAAAUUGUUUUCAUGUAAGGUCAUCGAGAAGAAAUUGCAUUUUUAGAACUCGACAAAGAUGCCUGAGGUUCGGGAUCUUUCUGAAGCUUUGCCAGAGAUGCCCAUGGACCCAAUUACUGGAGUUGGAGUAGUAGCCUCCAGGAACAGGGCACCCACUGGAUAUGAUGUGGUCUCUACAACAACAGAUGGCCUGGAUGCUGACCUGUGGAAAGAUGGCCUUUUCAAAUCCAAGGUGACCCGCUACCUCUGCUUUACCAGGGCUUUUUCUAAAGAAAAUAGCCAUUUGGGCAAUGUUCUUGUGGACAUGAAGCUGAUAGAUAUAAAAGACACUCUGCCCGUUGGUUUCAUCCCGAUCCAGGAGACAGUUGACACUCAGGAACAGGCCUUCAGGAAGCGACGGCUCUGCAUUAAGUUUAUUCCACGGGACUCCACAGAAGCAGCCAUCUGUGACAUCCGCAUCCUUGGACGCUCCAAGCAGGCCCCCCCCCAGUACACAUUCAUUGGUGAACUCAACAACAUGGGGAUCUGGUAUCGCAUGGGGAACGUACCUCGGGCCCAGGAAUCCACACACACACCAGCCACCAACAACAUCCAGAAUGUGAACUCCUCCUCCAGCUCAGCCUCAGUUCCAACAGCUCCUAUGCCCAAGCAUAUUUCCAUGACCCUCCCAGCAAGCUUCAGAGGCAAGAACACUACCAGACCAGACUAUGAGCACCAGAACUCCAACCUAUAUGCUAUCUCAGCAAUGGAUGGAGUGCCAUUCAUGAUCUCUGAGAAGUUUGCCUGUGCCUCGUCUGAUCUGCAGCAAGUGGAUCUGAUGGGCAUCACAAUCAAGUCACUGGCUGAAAUUGAGAAAGAGUAUGAUUACAGUUUCCGCACAGAACACAGUGCAGCAGCUCGCCUCCCUCCCAGUCCCACACGGACCUCCCUGAGCUCCGAGGCUUGAAGACCUGCACCUCACCCCACCCUUCAACACUCUCCUCUGUAGAUACCAGAAGGAGAGACCUGUACACAACUACUGACCUGCCCACAACACAAAGUGAUGGCACAACACUCCAAAA